AAGAGAAGAGGCUGAGAAAAAAAGAGACCUCUAAGAGUCUGUUGGAAGACACGAUUUACAGUAGUCAGCUGUAAACAGUGCACUGAGAUAAACCAAAACAUACCGUACAAAUUGCGCAAAAACAGCAGAAGGAAGCUGCGGACAGGAUAAAGUAAAGCAUAGGACUUCACUAACAAUCCUUCUAAGGGGUUGCCACAGCGGAUCAUUCGUAUUCAUGAUCCGCAUGUUCGAUUUGGCACGUUUUUAAGCUGGAUGCCUUUCCUAAAGCUUCCUCCCCAUUUAUCCGGGACCGGCACUAAGAAUCGAACCCUGGCCGUAGCGAUGGAGUACAAAGUGAUCGUGGCUACGGGUAACUUAGAAUACUCGGGUACUAGUAACUAUGUGUAUCUUACUUUGGUGGGGGAGAACGGCGAGAGUGAGAGGACGCUGCUGGACAAACCAGGCCUGGAUCUGUAUAGAAACACAGCUGAUGAAUACUUAGUCCAGAGCUCAGUUUCCCUGGGUCGUGUUCUCCUGGUACGCUUGGAGAAGCAGAAAUACUUUGUGGAAGAUAACUGGUUUUGCGAUUAUGUGAAAGUCACCUCACCAGGAGGUGAAGUCACACAGACCUUCCCCUGUUACUGCUGGCUAGUGGGGAAUAUUAAAGUAGAAGUCCGUGAUGGCAAAGCUAGGAGGCUGUGUGAUGAGAUCCUGCCCCAGGAGCUGGCUCAUAGAAAGGCACAGCUGCAGGAGAGACAGAAAACCUUCCGGUAUUUAUAUUCCAGCACUAGGUGUCUGAUAGAAUUGUGCAUAGUUUUACCACUUGUCCUUUUGCAUUUACAUGACUGGAAGCACUAAAAUGGAAGAUAAAUAUUACAGAGUUUAUUUUAACAGUAUAGUACAAAAUGCACAAAAUGUAAUUUAUAAUAUAUAAUACCUGUUCUUCAU